AUGCUGAUUGAACUAGUGAAAAAUGCAGAUGGUAUCGGCGAAUAUAUGAUUAUCGAGCUACAAGGCACAAUUGAGAGCUGUGGUCGAUCGCUCGAAAAUGAAACACUAGGUCAUCUUGCCUGGCGAAUAGAUAACUCUGAAGCAUUAUUGUUGAUAGGCCACCAUCUCCUUGAAGGCAAGGUAAGUCAUCUGUCAAACUCCAUGGUUUUUUCUUAUUUAACUUUACUCUUUGCCGUGACCAUUUGGACAUAG